CAGCCCCCAGCCCCUCCCCCACUAUCGCGAUAGAAGAGGGGGAGGGGACCCCGAAUCUCGCGAUUUUGGGGGGGUGGAGGAGGGGCGGCCGGGCGGAAGCGGAAGUGACGCAGCGCUGGGGGAGGGGAGCCGCAGGGAUGCCGCGCGCGCCGUGGCGGGGGGGUGGGGGAGGGGCGGCGCUGCCCCUCCCCCUCCUGCUGCUGCUGCUGCCGCCCCUCCCCCCCCCGGGGGCGCGGGGGGCGCCGUUCCGGCCCGUGGUGAUCGUGCACGGCCUCUUCGACAGCCCCGGCGACUUCCGCCACCUGCGGCAGUUCAUCAACGAGAGCCACCCCGGGGCGGAGGUGACGGUGCUGGACCUGUUUGACCGCGGCGCGUCGCUGCGGCCGCUCUGGCUGCAGGUGGACGGGUUCCGCAGGGCGCUGACCCCCAUCAUGGCCAACGCGGCCCGGGGGGUGCACCUGCUGGGCUACAGCCAGGGGGGUCUCAUCUGCCGGGCUCUGCUGGCCACGACCCCCGACCACAACGUGCAGAGCUUCAUCUCCCUGGCGGCGCCGCAGAUGGGGCAGUACGGGGACACGGAUUACCUGAAGUGGCUUUUCCCCCGGCACAUGAAAUCCAACCUGUACCGGCUCUGCUACACCCCCCUGGGCCAGGGCGUGUCCAUCUGCAACUACUGGAACGACCCCCACCACCGGGACCUUUACCUGAACAGCAGCGACUUCCUGGCGCUGCUCAACGACGAGCGGCUGCACCCCAACGCCUCAGACUGGAAGCGGAACCUGCUGCGGAUCCAACGCCUGGUGCUGAUCGGGGGCCCCGACGACGGCGUCAUCACCCCCUGGCAGUCCAGCCUUUUCGGGUUCUACGACGCCAACGAGACCGUUCGGGACAUGGAGGCGCAGCCGGUGUUCCUGCAGGACACCUUCGGCCUCAGGUCGCUCUGGGCCCGGGGGGCUCUCGGCGGCUGCGCCGUCCCGGGGGUCCCACACACGGCCUGGCACAGCCACAGGGGGGUCUACGAGAAAUGCAUCCGGCCCUGGCUGACCUAGGGCAGCCUA